AUGGAAUCAAGUAACUCAAACCCAAAAUCAAGCAUGAUGAUAUGGCCUUUUCAUACGAAAAUGCCUCAACUACCCCUACUCAACCAAGGAGAAGAUAAUUCAACAACAGAAUUUUUACCAAACAACUUCUUUGAAACUUUCAAAGAAUUGCAAACUUGUAUGAAAUAAUAUUUAAAUAUGUCGUUUCCAGUAACAUGUAGAGUCUGAAUUUAGAGUUGGAUUUUACCUUGUGGGAAAAGGUGGCUUGAAAGUUAGAAAGGAGCAGUCAGCAAAGCCUUUAGGUUCCUAGAGGCCAUUCGGGUAUUAAUCCAAUGUGAUACUGCGAGUUUCAUCCUGGGCGACAAGAUUCUCUUUUUUACCAAUAGUCAUCAGAAAAUCUAAUUAGAAGCCUAUGGACCAUUCAGGGAAGCCACCUGUGCACGACGCAAUGGCAGGCUGGAAAACUCGGAAACAGAGACGGAAGCCUGCAUGGGUCAUGCAUUAGUGGACCCUGAACGAGACUAAUAUUAAUUAAUCGAUCGAAGUAAACUUGUAUGAAAAAAAAAUUAGAUGACAAAAAAGAAAGCAACGAUAAAAGACUUCAGUGCGAGGCCUGUUGUAAGUACUUUAAAAACUACAAAGGACUCAAGCAACACAUGGGAAAGAUACACAGCAUUGAGGGAAAAGCUGAAGCUUGCCCUGAAUGUAAUAAGCAUUUUAAGGACAAGUUUGCAGUCACUUUUCACCUAAAUCAAGUCCACAAAGAUGUUAAAAAGGUUAGAUGCAGCCAGUGCGGUAUGAUCUUGUACAACAAAUAUAUGCUCAAAAAGCAUAUUUUCAUCUCUCACAGAAAUAAUUUUUAA